AUGGAGUCGUUUGAAAUCAAAAGAAUGGAGGAAAAGAUGCAGUCGUUAUAUGAUAAUAUGGUGGUGCAGGUGCCGUUGGAAGGAAUCACAAAGCAUCCGUUUGAUUGGUUUAGACAGGAUAUUGAUAAGGUAGUUGCGGUGAUUGAUGAGGUGAUUUCUGAUUUUGAGUGCAGAAGAAGACGGAUUGAAGAAGAGAUUGGAAGGAGUGUGAAGCUAUUGAAGAAGGAAUGUGCGCUUAUGGAGUGUGCAGAGCCACAAAUGCCAGACCUGUAUAAUCUGGAGUUGAUGAGAGCAUAUGUCGAGAAUGAGGUGGGUAAAGUGGCGAUAGUACGGAGAGGGGUUAAUGAGAGGAUGCAGGGAGUGCUGAAUGAGAUUAGGGACAUACUUGAUGAGGUUCCUGAUAUUGAUUUUCAAGCGAUUGAGUGUGCGAAUGGAAAUGGAGGGAGUGCUGGGAAGAAUAUUGAGAAGACAGACGAGGAAUGCAAUGGCGAGGUUUCUUUGCAGCGCUUGAGAGAGCUGGAGGCAAACAGAGACAUGCUGAUGAAGGAGAAGGAAAGAAGAGAAAGAGAAAGGAACAGACUUUACGGAGAAUUGUGUGUGUUUCUGUCAAGGCUGAGCGUGACCGAUCUUGAGGUAAGAAUUGACCAGAAGAUUUUUGUGCUUGAGGAGCUGCACAAGAAAUACAGCAAGGAGGUUGAGAUAAGAAGAUGCAAGAUCAUAAAGCUUGAAGAGCAGAUAAGGAGGAAGGAAAGCCGCCUAGAUGCAGGAUAUAGAGAGAUUGCCAUGGAUUUAAGUGAGAAAAGCAUUGCAAAGAUGGAGGAGUAUAAUGAAUAUCUUGGAGAGGAGCAAAGGAGACUAUUGAAUGAGAUAUAUGAAAGGAAGAAAGAUAUACUGACGAGUCUUUUUGAGAUGUUUGGGAUGGAUAUGGCCGAUUACGAAAGGACGGAAGAAGGAGUGGAAGAGAUGACAAAAAUGAUUGGAGAGCUUGAAAGCAAGAGGGAGCUUUUUUUGCUGAUAAAGUCACUAAUUGGCAAAAGAGUUGAGCUUGUGGACAGGAUGAAUGAGUUUGAGAAGGAGGCGUCUGAUCCACGAAGGCUGUUUAGGUCGUCCUUCCAGCUGCUAAACGAAGAGAAGUUUAGAAAUAGUGCGUAUCCAAAUCUGAUAAGGAUUGAGGAGAUGAUACUUAAGAGUAUUGAUGAGUAUGAGGAACGGUUUGGGGUGUUUAUGUGUGGAGGAAUAGGAUAUAAGGAAUGCUUGAAGCGCGAGAUAGACAACAGGAUAGUUAACAAGACGGUGUUUAUCAAUAGAUUUGAUUCGCCUAGCAAAAGAAGGAAGUAG